ACAUAUAUUUCUCCUUUUCCAUUUUCAAGAGGAGGAAGAAGAAGGAGAAGACUAGGGAUUUUGAUUCACAAGCUCUCUUUUGCAUCAUUAAUUCAUUAAUAUUCCCACCUUCUUCUUCAAUGGCGCAAGUGAAAGUGCUCUGUUUCUUUGCUCUGUUUUUAACGAUUACAGAGCUCUUCAUAACAGGUGUAAAUUCAGCUGCAACAUUUACAAUGGUGAAUAAAUGCCAGCAAACAAUUUGGCCUGGAUUAUUAUCUAACGCCGGAAUUGCUCCACUUUCCACCACUGGUUUUGUUCUACAAAAAGGCGAAUCGAAAACAAUCAGUGUACCCACUUCAUGGGGCGGCAGAUUCUGGGCUCGUACACAUUGUACCGAAGAUUCCACCGGAAAAUUCACCUGCGCCACCGGCGAUUGCGGUUCCGGUAAGCUCGAAUGCGCCGGCGGCAACGCUCUACCGCCGGCAACUCUAGCUGAAUUCACACUAGAUGGAUCCAACGGGAUGGAUUUCUUCGACGUCAGUUUAGUCGAUGGGUACAACUUGCCAAUGCUUGUGGUACCACAAGGUGGUUCCGGUUACAAUUGUACAAGUACCGGAUGUAUGGUGGAUUUGAAUGGCGCGUGUCCGUCGGAGCUGAAAGUGAUGAGCGUGGGAGGUGAAAAUGUCGCGUGUAAGAGCGCGUGUGAAGCUUUUCGAAAAGAUGAGUAUUGUUGCGCCGGAGCGUAUAAUAAUCCAACGACAUGUAAACCAUCGUCAUAUUCAACGUUGUUUAAGAAAGCUUGUCCGAGUGCUUACAGCUAUGCUUAUGAUGAUAAAACGAGUACUUUCACUUGUGCCGGAGCUAAUAAUUAUCUCAUCACGUUUUGUCCUUCUCCUAAUACCAGUCAAAAAUCGUCAUCAUCAUCAAGUGAACAAAAUCAAGAACCAGAAGAUAGUAACAACCAAAACAACGACAACAAUAACAACGAGCCAUCAACGAUCAACAACUCUAUGGUAUAUGAUGGUGCAUGGGAUAUCAGCAGUGCAUCUUCAACCACCACGUGCAUGCACGUGUUCAGUUCACCGGCCAUAGCCGGUGCUGUCGCCUUCUUAAUAGCCACUUUCCAGUUGCAUCGUCAGCUCUUCUAAUUUUAUUUUUUU